AUGAGGUUACGACUUCAACAGGAGGAGAACCGGUCUAAAGCCAGUCAAGAGGAUGAAGGAGAUAGCCAUAGAAGGAGCGACCGUCGAGGACCAACUACUUCAGAAGAACCAAACUCAGAUCUCCUAUGGGAGAUGAGAAAGGAGAUGGACGAGCUGAGGAACGCCAUUAGGGGGAAAACAGACCGAAGCCUGGAUAGAAUGGUCAGGACAACAAAUUCGCCUUUCACCAUGGCAGUCUUGGAAUGCCCUGUGCCAUUGAAAUUUCGAUUGCCUCAGCUUGAGCCGUUUGAUGGACUUAAGGACCCCCUGGACCACCUCAACACCUUCAAGACGACAUUAGGCCUUCAACAACCUCCUAACGAAAUACUGUGUUGUUCCUUCCCCACCACUCUCAAAGGAGUUGCACGGGAAUGGUUCACAAAGUUACCAACAUCGUCAAUCGACAACUUCGAGCAGUUGGGCAAUGCCUUUUUGCGCCACUUCGUCGGGGGACAAUGCCCGAAGAGGCCAGCAAACCACUUACUCACCAUUAAACAAGGAGAAAAAGAGACCUUGAGGCCGUACGUGAAACACUUUACUUUAGAGACUCUGGAGGUAGACGAAGCUGACGAAAAGGUGCAGUUGACAACCUUUAAAGCUGGUUUGAAGUCCAGAGAGUUUGUGGUUUCACUCGCGAAGAAUCCUCCUAAGACGAUGGCAAAGAUGCUCCUGAAGGCACAGAAGUACAUGAACGCUGAAGAUGCUUUAGCUGCCAUAAAGGAGGAGGAAAAGAUAGGAAACAAGGGAAAGCAGGAAGACGAUCGUAAAGGACGAAAAAGGAAGCGCCCAGAUCGUUAG